AUGACCAUCCCAGUCGAUGAACGACUCGACGCCAUACUCAACCAGGCCAUCUCACACUACCACUCCACCAUCCACGACAGCCUCAAACUGAACCUCAGUCUGCUCCCACAACCCGACCCAACCACUAUCCUGGACCCUAGACUCUCGACCAUGCAAUACACUCCAGCCGGAUACUCAACAGUCUUCGAAUACUUCCGGAGACCCCAAACCAGCGUCUCAAGAGACCCGGCCUUCUUCUUGAUCGGACCCCGAGCCCCGACCAUCCGGCUCGACAGUCCAAGCCGGUCAUCCGCCGGAACCUCCCGUACUGGAGGAGCGACGACAGAACAGGAGAAGGACUGUUUGGGCUGCAGACUCAUCGGCGCCUCAGCAGCCAUCCUCGCCGGCUCAUACAUCCUCGCACACGAAAUCCAACGCCGCAGACAUGCACUCAUUCUGUCCAAGCCACUCAUCCCAGCCCGGCCUAUCGGCGCACGCUGUAUGCAGCUCAUCGGUUGGAGUUCAGCUUCAUCGGACUCGGCGUCGCUAGAGCUAUCUCUUAACCCCCCCCCCAUUCAAAUUUGUUAUAUAAAACUUUAAACUUUAUUUAACCCGAUAGUUUUUCAACCCGCUGAUUUAUACCUUCCCAAAAGAUUCAGAAAUACACAU